UGUCUGCUAUAAUAAUCUCACUGCUCGCCGUGCGUAUCGGUGGUUGUUCCUUUUUUCCGAGUAGUGUGGAUUUUUCGAUAAGAGAUUAGUCACAGUUUUUUGUGAAUUUUGAUCCACUUAGAUGUGACCGCGACAGCGAAACUUACGCCGUCUUCUCUGUACUCGGACGCGGGCACAAAGUUGUUUGACAUGGACGUAUCGGACAAUAUAGAUAAAUCAUGGGAUCAUCCGUGGACCACAGAAGAAAUGAGGAAGAAGAGGAGGGAGUGGAGUCUGGCGGGUGAUGUCGGACUUCUCAAACAUCUGCAGCAAUUUUCUGAGAACCUGGUAUCUAAAGCCAACAAAACCCAAGAAGCAUUGGAUACAUUAACGACACAGUUGAAAGAGACAGGAAUAUUAGUGGACAAUGUUACCAAUACAUCUCUGGCACUGGCCAAUACUCAAUUCAUCGAAAGUCGCGUGCAGGAGGACGACAUAGAGAUGAGGGAAAACCCUGAGGAGAAGCAAGAAAAUGUAAAGUCUCAAGAUUCAGCGCCAGAGAGUCUACUAGCCAGCAUAAGCAAGAGUGUCAAGCAAGGUUUGAACAUAAUGGAUGAGAAGUACAAAAUGAUGGAUGUAGCUUGCAGUGACAGCGAAGAAGACGACGAAGGCGCAGUGGUGGUCAGUGUUAUGGUGGGUCCCAACGAUCCGUAUCAGGAUCGGCCCUUGCCGUACAUCAUCGGUUCCGACAAGUGGACGGCAUCGAGCAAGGUCGGUCUGGAGAGCAGCAGCAGCGAGUCCGAGCAGCCGGACGAGGAGAGGGAAGAGUCGGAGAGCGAUAAGGAAGAGGAUACGAGCGCGCAGAAAGUCUUCAACAGCCGACACAAUCCGGAAAUCAAUAUAGCGAGGUUGUCGUCCUCGUCCUCCAGCGACACGGACAACUACAACGACCCGAGUAGCAACGUAUCUUACAUGAACAACAACAAGGCGGACACGCUGUCUCAGAAUAACAUCAAUUCCGCCUCCGAGUCCGUCACACCUAACACAAUAUCGAAGACCUCGAACGAAACGGCGCCGAACUUCGCGGAGGAAUUGGCCAAACGAUUAGGUACCGUCCGCCAAGCGCAAAAGCCUGUCGCUAUGGACGACGCUAAUGAAUCGUCGAUCAACAGGUUCAAAGAUGACCUGUUCGCGCCGGGGAGGGACGACGACGUGUUCAACGACGGUUCGGACAAUCUGUUCAGCGACAAGAAGGGUCUCUUCGACGAACAGGUGUCUACGAACCUGUGGAAGGACAGACCGAUCAAAUCUUACAAGAGCAAUAUCAUACCUGCCAGUAUCGACGUGCCGCCGCCGAUUAGUAUAGUGUCAACGAAGCCGAAGUCUGCGAUCGACGAUCUGUUCGCCGACGCCGACUCGGAAGAGGACUCGGACGACAUUUUCUCCUCGAAGAACACCGUGAAGAAACGUGCGAAGGAACCCUCCGCUGGCGGUAACGCUUACCAGGCGGAGGAUGUGCCGAAGAAAUUCUUAGACGUUAUAGUACCCGGCUCUGCCGGCGGUAACAUCGCCACGAGUACACCGGAAUCCCACGUCAACGUGACGAACCUGUUCAACGACGAAGAGAACGACGACGGCGACCUGUUCGGUGCUCCCAAGAAACAGGCGCAGAAGCCCGCGGCUGCGACGAACACAUCCACAGCUGCGACACGGGAGUCGACCAAGAAGAAACCAGUCGGAGGGAUGUCGAUACUCAAACACGCCGUGGCGUCGGACAUCGAGAACAAAUUGUCGAGCCGGAUGAUGCGACGACAGUCGUCCGACUCGUCCGAUAGUAGCGAUGCGCCAGGAAAUUACGAUAACAUUAAGAGCACCGAGCCAGUGUCCGCGGAGAGAGCCAUUCUCGAUGAUAACAUCGCGGCCGAGCUCAGUUCCGCCGUCGCGGCCGAGAAUCCCACGGAGAGCAUAUCUCCGAUUAUCGAGAACAGUAACAGCAGCGGAGUGUCGAUGCAACCUAGCAUCGAUAACACGGCGGGAUCCGGUUUGUGGCUGAAUUUCCACCCGGAGAUGUGCUCGACGAGACUCAGGUCCGAGGAGAUCUACCGCGAGCGCGUCACCAGCGACAGCCUGUUCACAGCGCGAACGCGUAAUCCCGCUAACUCCGCGUCGGCGAAUCCAAACGGCAAUAGCAAUCAGCAACAACAGCAGCUCUCCCGGCAGCCGGAGCAACAGAACAACGUCUCGUCGGCGCUGCAGGACGACGUGUUCGAGAACGACGAUCUGUUCGGGCCGCCGCCGUUGCCCUCCAAGUCGGACUCGAAGCGCGUCAAGUCGAAGGUCUCGUCGCUCUUCGACGACUCCGACUCCGGCGACGAGCUCUUCUCCGCCGCGAGUUCCGGCUCCAGGUCGCAGAAGAGCACGGACUUCCUUGGCACGGUCGCGUCGGCCGACCGAACGAAGCCGGCAUCGCGAGGAGCCGGCCUCUUCGAUGACGACAUAGACAUAUUCGCCGGCAAGGACGUCCCGGACGUCGAUUUGUUCGGCGUGACUUCGAAGCCGAGAUCGAAGGACGCGACUUCGGAUAGUCUGUUUGACAAUCGUGCUCGGGAGCCGGUGGCGUCGAAGAACGGCAACGUCGACAAGUUACCGAGCGCGAGGAUGGAGCCAAAGAAGAUGGGCUUGUUCGACGACGACGACGACGGCGACGACGGCGACCUAUUCGGCGCGCAGCCGAAGUUGAAGCCGAAGAUCGAGCGAAAGACUGACCUCUUCGAAGACGAAGACGACCUGUUCUUGUCGGCCAAGGCCAGCAGCAAAAGGCAUUCUUCGGCGGAGAAAGACGCGUCGGUUGUUGAACCAAGAAACGACAUCUCCAAGGAAGUCUCUAUUCUCGACGUCGAGAGAAAGAGCAAGGACGCUCCCCCGGAGAACAGAUUAUUCCCGAGCGCCCCGAAGACUCGCAGUCUUUUGUUCGAAGACGACGACUACGACGAUCUGUUCGGCAAGAAGGAAACGGUGGCGCGUCAGGAUGUCAGGACGAAACCUGAAUUGAAGGAGGGGAUAGAAAAAGACAUUGUCGAGGAGGUGAUGAAACUUGCCGAGGAGGAGAACAAGAGCUCGGCGGAGCCCUCGAGCGUGGAUCGCGAUGUGAAGACGUCCGCCGACCUGGAUAUUGUCGUGAGUCGAUCGGAGAACGACGUCAUCACCGAAGAGAAUAAAACGAAUGUCGAAGAGACGUCCGAGGAGGACGUCGACGGCACGGCGAAAAAGAGUCCGCCGAAGACGCUGAGCAUCCGAGCAACUUCGUCGCCAUCCGAAGACGUCAGUCAGACACCGCGAAAGUCGGUAUCCGGUAAGAUAAAGAACCUGAUGGGCAAGAUGGGUGAUCUGAAGAUACUCUCGCCGAUGGACGCGCCGCCAUUGUGGCGGAAGAGCGAGGAUCGCACCGAUGAGGACGAGGAUAUCGUGGACAAGGACAGCGACAGCGGAGGUCCAACCACUGCUGGGCGUGCCUCGCCUCCGAGCGUAUCAGAGAGCAGUACGCGGAAAGAGUACUCAACGAUCUCGAACGCCAGCAACGCGGAGGUGGCCAUCAACUUCGACGACCUGGCACAGGUGGAAACGUUGUCCACCGCCGCGUCCAAGAGUCGCGUGAGGAUCCAGGCGAAGCGUCGUCCUCAGAGCCGACACGCCCGCAAGUCCGCACUGCGGCACAGCGGCAUCGACUUCGACACGGUUGACAACGCGGAUGACUCGCAGGAGGAGAGCCACGCCAGCACUUUCUCGCACAGCACGUCCAGCAAGGAUUCGGCCGUACCGAGCAUGGCUACCGAUCGUUUGAGCGUCACCGACAACGCCCAACGCGGGCUCGACCCCAGCACAGACGACAAGUCCGAGCUGGGUAGCGUCAGCAAGGAGAGCUCGAUGAGCGUCAACAAGAACACCUUAUUGUCGCCGUCCACCGACGAGGAGGACCUGUUCGACGUGCCGCCGGACUUGCCGGAGGACCCGCAGAAGGAGGACACGUUGUUCGGCAGGGCGCCGAUACUCUCGCCGGUCGGCAGCGAGCAGUCCGAGAAGACACCCGUCGCUGCCGAGCCUCUGAUAGACGCCGCGAUCAGGACGGAAGUGGUCAACGCGAUGAGCGGCAGGAGUAUAGAACAGGAUCCCGGCGCGACGAUGCGAUCGGACCAAGCCGACGGCAAGUUGGACACGUUGAAGACUCGCGAGAGGAAGGACGAGACACGCGGGAAGGAAGUGGACGAUGAGCUGGACGAGGAAGCCAAAGGAGAGCUCGAUGAGGAGCCGAGCGAUCCUCUGCGAGACAGCAGCCACGACCCGCUGAAAAAUCCUAGUCAGUUGUUCGCGUUCGUCACGAAGACGCCGUCGCCGGAUAAGGGCAAAGGUCUGUUGUUCUCCGAGGAUGACAGUUUGUUCUCCAGCGGCGGCACGAAGAAGCCGAGCGACGAGCGGUCGCAGAAGAGAGAGACCUUGGACCUGUUCGCGGACGACGCGGGCGGCGGCGAUCUCUUCUCCGCGCCGUUGAAGAGGACGGUGAAGAAGCCGCUGCGCGACACGAAGAUCAGCCUGUUCGACGAUGACGACGAGCGGAACGACGAAGACGACAGUUUGUUCGGCAGCGCGGCCGUGAGGACGCGCCCUGACGCUCAGAAGCCGGCCCCCGCGCAGGCCGGCCGUAAGAAGAACAACCUCUUCGACGACGACGACGACGACGACGACUCCAGUCUGUUCGUCGAGUCGUCCGGCCACUCGCAGAAGUCGGACAGCGCGUCGAUCUCCGAGUCGAGACACGACUUCGCCGACUUUGCCAAAAGCUCGAAUCUCAAGAACAUCUUCGGCAACGACGCGACGUGCGACGACGACGACGAGGACGACGACGUCGAUAUUUUCACCGCGAAGCGACCUGUUCCUAAGAGAGUCACGCCGCUGUCCUCCAAAUCACUGUUCGUGUCGGACGACGACGACGAUGACGACGACGACGGUAGCGACGGUAUCUUCGGCAAAUCGUCCACUCCGGCGGACCACAAGCCGAGAACAGUGAUUGCGAGCUUGCGACCGGCUGUGAAGAAACCCGUCACCAGGGACCUGAAGAAGACGGCCGAGAAAAUCGUCGAGGAUCCGCUGAGUCUUCUUCGAGACGAUUAACUUCGUAAUAAGCACUGACGAGAUUUCGCAUAUAUAUAUAUAUAUAUAUAUAUAUAUAUAUAAUAUAUAUAUACAC